AUGCUACGAACUCCUACCCACGGAGAUGAACCUGAAGUUCCAUCGGGGAAACUAGGCGCCGUAACAAGGAAAAGAAACGAAAUCGAGGAGCUCUUGAUCCUCGAUCCACCCCCAUACGACGAAAUUCGAAAACUUUUCAACGAAUAUUUAACGAAAGUUGAACAUCUGUAUGCGGCAGCGCUAGACGGUAACCACAAUGACUGGUUAGCUCCCCACAAGAUUGCAAUCGACAAUUUCAGGGAAAAGGUGGAGUUAGCGUUGUCGUCGCUGCGUAAAACGGUGAGUGAAGCCACGCCAUCUGUGAAGUCAUCUUCGUCUUCUACUUCGUCAGUCAGGAUUAAAUUAGCUCAAAGGAAAGCAAAGCUCGCCGCUGAAAAAGUCCUUCUAGAGAAAUCUUCCCAGUUGGAUCAGGAAGAAAUUCAGCUCAAAAUUGAACAAUUGAGACUCGAACGCAACCGAAAGCAAGCAGCGGUUGACAGCGCAGAGCUUGAGAAUAAAAUUCUUGAAGAGGAAUUGGACUUGCUGGAUGCGGCUGGUUCUGUUGGCGGCAGCGAGACCUCGUCAUCCAGCACAGGUCUACCACAAGCAAAAACCAAUUCUCCAGAUGUACUGGCGGCCUUUCAGAAUGUCUCGAGGGUGAAGCCUGUCGAGAUUGGCGUCAAUGAUCAUGUCCCUUCAAGUAAAGCAUUGGGCCUUACUUGGGAAAAAGAGGGUGACCACUUCACGUACAGCUUCAAUUACGAGGAGCAAACUGUGACCCGAAGAUCCGUGCUACGUACGGUCGCUUCAGUUUACGAUCCACUUGGAAUGAUCUUACCAGUACUCAUCAUUGCUCGGAAAAUAUUCCAAGAAACUUGCCGGUUGCGCCUGGCUUGGGACGACCCUCUGCCCGCGUCACUCCUCGCGGCCUGGAAUAAGUGGACAGAAGGUAUGAAACGAAUAGCUAAUUAUCGUGUGCCUAGGUGCAUCGGGCUGCCAACAGAGCCGUGCCGAGUGGAGCUCCAUGUCUUUUGCGAUGGGAGCGAGGUCGCGUACGGCUCGGUUGCAUACGUCACGUUUCUCACUGCGAAGGAAAUCGUCGUGAGCUCUCCGGUGUUGGUAAAAGCUCGUCUGACCCCUUUAGGAAACUCAACCUUAAGGACGGUUCCCAGAAUUGAAUUGUGUGCAGCAAAGCUUUCCGUAGAUUUAUUUAAAUGCCUAGCUAAAAAUCUGGAAUUCAACUAUGAUGACGUAUUCUUUUGGACGGAUUCCACCACUGUACUGGGGUACAUUUGUAAUGAGACUAAAAGAUUUCAUAGAUUUGUCAGUAACAAAAUUUCUUAUAUUCGCAGUUAUUCAUCACCCCAUCAGUGGAAGCAUGUAACCUCGAAGCUUAACCCUGCAGAUUUACUAAGCCGAGGCUGCACCGUCGAGCAGCUACGUGAGAACGAGCUAUGGAGCUCUGGGCCUCCUUGCCUGAGAAAUCGCAAAACUGUUGCCUCCUCGUCUCACAAUUAUGAAAUCUCCUACGAUGACCCGGAGAUAAAAUUCGAAAAGGCAAUAUUCACAACAAAGUCGGGCCCUCAAGCUCCCUUCGAAGCCUUACUCGAUUGUUCGUCGUGGCACAAAAUGAAGUUGAGGAUCGCUUGGUUCUCACGCUUUCAAACCUAUCUGAGAAAUGGAGUCAGCCCCCCACACCGAAUCAGUCUCCCCGAGCUGGAAGCCGCGGAAGCGUCUAUCAUAAAGUAUGUACAGCGGAAAGAGUUCCCAAACCUCACGAUGGAAAUCAAGAACAAACUCGUCAAAGACAAACAUCUGAAGAAACUGGAUUUAUUCCUUGACCCAGCUGGGCUGAUCAGAAUUGGCGGGCGUUUGAAGAAUGCCGCCGCAUGCUACUCGGUUCGUCACCCGAUUCUGUUGCCAUCUAAAUCCUCGGUUACUGCCUUGCUUGUGAAAACUGUUCACCGCAUCCACGGGCACUUGGGUAAAUCCACCACUAUGUCCAUCCUGAGGAAAUCCUACUGGAUAAUUGGUUGUUCCUCUUUGGUGAAACGCAUUGCCAAUGCAUGCGUCAUUUGUCGCAAGUAUCAGGCCAGAGCCGCUUCACAAAUGAUGUCAGACUUACCUGAGAAGAGAGUCGUGGGCGACGUUGCCGCUUUCACUAAUGUUGGGCUGGAUUACUUUGGGAAUCUCGUCCUCUCCAGACUGGAGACCUAG